AUGCACGCAGCUCUUCCUAACCUCGCAGACUACGAAGUCUCUGACAAGACAGGCUUCCUGCCCGAACAGCUGCCUCUUGAAAGCCUCACCAACCCCUACUAUGCUCCCUGGGAGCAGGUGGCACAAAACCUUCCUGCUCUGAUUCUCACCCGACGAAUUAGACAGUAUGUAGACACACGAAUGCCCGUGCUGGAGAUUGACCAGCUCAAAACCCCCGAAGAACAGCGACGAGCAUACUCGGUGCUCAGUUUCAUUGCCCACGCUUAUAUCUGGGGCUCGCCUGGAGAUGACCCUCGAGACUACAUUCCUCCUCAGAUCACCGAGCCCUGGGUGGCCAUCUCCGACCUCCUGGAACUGCCCCCUGUUUGCACAUACGCCGGUCUGUGUCUGUGGAACCACAAGACCAUCAUGCCCGUGGCCUCUUCCGACCAGUGGGACCUCGACUCUCUGGCCACUAUCACCACAUACACCGGUUCCUUUGACGAGUCGUGGUUCUACUUGGUCUCCACCACCAUGGAGCGACAGGGAGGCGCUUGCAUCAAAGCCGGUCUGGGCGCUAUCGCUGCUGCCCGAGAAAACGACUUUGCCACUGUUACCUCCAACCUGCAGUACCUCGCUGAGGCCAUCGACGCCAUCAUCACUCUGCUUGGACGUAUGUACGAGAUGUGCGAGCCUCACACCUUCUACCACCGACUGCGACCUUACCUCAGUGGUUCGGAGAACAUGGCAGACCGAGGUCUGCCUCACGGAGUCAAGUAUCAGACUCGAGCUGACCCUGACUCUAAGGAGUACCGGGCCUACGCUGGAGGUUCUAACGCGCAGUCCUCUCUCAUUCAGACUCUCGAUAUUCUUCUGAACGUGGAGCAUCGAGCAACUGGCCAGCGACCCACCUCCAAGAAGGACAACUCUACACGAGAUGCCUCUCCUCCUGCUUCUCAGGCCACUGCUCCCCCCAAGCAGAACAAUUUCAUCCACGAGAUGCGAAAGUACAUGCCCGGUCCCCAUAGACGGUUCCUGGAGCAUUUGCAGCAGGUGGCUGAGAUCCGGGACUUUGUCCUGGCCAAUCAGGCCGAGCACCCCGAGAUCGUUCUUGCCUACGAUGCCUGUCUGGCCAUGCUGCGAUCUUUCCGAGACAAGCACAUCCAGAUUGUGUCCCGAUAUAUCAUUCUGCAAGCAAAGGAGAAGGCCAAGACCGGUAUUGCUCUCACUGCUCCCGCUGGCCCUGAGCGAGGUACUGGAGGAACCGCUCUCAUUCCCUUCCUCAAGCAGGCUAGAGACGAGACUGGAGACCCCGCCGCCUCGUCCUGGGGUAAGCGAAUCUUGUCGGACAACUUCAAGAGCUACCAGCGACCUGCUGGCCGGCCCAAGAAGACCAAGAUCUCCAAGCCCACGGAAAAGAUCCACUCUUCUUCCGAAGACGAGGAUACUCGAGAGAAGAAUGCUGUUCAUCUGCGACAGAAGAUCAAGCACAAGGUCCAGAACCUGGAGGAUAACUCGGAAGAUGAGAAUGUUGGACUGGCUGGAAAUUGGGAGCUUGGAAAGGACGAGGGCAAAAUCAUCCACUGGUAG